AUGGCUGCUAUGCUUGAGUUCCGCACAAGGGGCUUCAAUCCAUAUGCCGUCAAAUACUCUCCCUACUACGACAAUCGAGUGGCUGUAGCCUCAGCCGCCAACUUUGGCAUCGUGGGCAAUGGCCGACUGUUUGCCCUCGGUCUCACUGCUGCUGGCAUACAGGUAGAGAAGACCUUUGACACAAACGACGCAUUGUACGAUCUGGCAUGGUCCGAGAUCAACGAGAACCAACUGCUCGCGGCCUGCGGUGAUGGCUCCAUCAAGCUGUUCGACCUCGGCGUCGACACCUACCCGGUCAUGAACUACCACGAACACAAGAGGGAGACAUUCUCAGUGUUCUGGAAUCAGACGACAAAAGACACAUUUGUCUCAAGCUCAUGGGACGGCACCGUCAAGAUAUGGUCCCCAACCCGCCCGCAGUCCCUCAAGACCCUCCCUAUCGGCAGCUGCACCUACAGCGUGGCCUUCUCACCGCACAACCCCGCCCUCAUCUCCGCCGUGUCCUCGGACUCGCGCCUCCGCGUCUUCGACCUGCGCACCCCGCCCUCGGCAAAGUACCACCUGGUGCACGACGUGCCGGUGCACCAGACGCCGGCGGCCCGCAUCAGCAGCAGCGCAGGGCCAGGGGCGCCGGCCCCGGGGCCAGGCCAGCCGGCCGAGGUGCUGACGCACGACUGGAACAAGUACAGCGCGACGGGGGUGAUCGCCACGGCGGGCGUGGACAGGGCGAUCCGGACCUUCGACCUGCGGGCGCCGUACAACGGGCCCGUCGCCGUGCUCGAGGGCCACGGCUACGCGGUGCGCCGGCUCGCGUGGAGCCCGCACGCCGCCGACGUCCUCGUCAGCGCCAGCUACGACAUGUCGGUCCGCGUGUGGACCGACGGGUCGACCAUGGGGCCCAUAGCCCCCGCGGGGGACAUGAACGCCCCCGUGCGGCUGGGCGUUCAGCUGGGGCUGAUGAACCGGCAUACCGAGUUUGCGACGGGCGUCGACUGGUGCCUGUUUGGGGCGGGCGGCUGGGUGGCUUCUGCUGGGUGGGACGAGAGGGUUCUGCUUUGGGAUGCGAAUUCACUUAUAAGAAGAUAG